CAGCGCCCGAGAGAUGCGCUGGAGGUGCAGCCGGCCGGGGUCAUUUGAAUGGCCCCACAGAGCCACGCCCGCCGCCUGGCAUUCUGGUGGGAGCCAAAAGGCCAGCGAAGGCUUUCCGGGUUAGGGCGCGGCGGGCCGGUUGCCGAGUUUAGUAGGCCACCGCGCGGGGGUAUUCUUGCAGUGGCUAACGGCGCCCCCAAUUCCUGUUGCCCCCUUCGGGUUGCUGUAGUGUGUGGCAGGCGGGCAUGUGCGUUGGGUUUCGCCAGUACCUGCGGCCAAUGCAUGGGCCGGCGCACACGAACGCAAUGGCGCACCGGAACGGCGCUGGGGAGGGGAGCGCAUAAGAGGGGGCCCCGGGAUACAGAGGGAGGCCGGCGAGGUGGCAUCAGAUUGAUGAGCUUGGCGCCCCGCCGCGCCCGCGGCCGCGCGGGGUUGGUUCAGACAGCCUUUCUCGUCGGCGGGCCCACCAGGAAGAGGGCGCGGCCGCCUUCUCCUCUCGCUCACCCCCGGCCCUUUCUGAUGCGGACGAUGUUGGAGAGGGGGCCGGGCCCGGGUCGCGUCCGUCCCAAUUCAUUGGCAGCCCGAUGCAUUUCCAAGGCGAUCGCGAGGCGGCCCGCCCUUUUUCGUCCGUAGUGCCUUAGCCACGCGGCCAAGCCAGAGGCUUGGGCCUGGUGGUGUUGUCCUGCGUGCCCCGGCCCUUGCAGCGGUUGCGCCCUUUGUUUGGCGUCGCGGCCCGGUUCGAUGGUCUGCCGCGCCUUUGGCCGCAAACCCUGCCUUUCUUGAUUGCCGGCGGGCCGGCCCCAUUCAUUGUUAGUUUGGGCCGCUGUCUGGUCGGCCCGCAGACCGCCGCGCCGGCCAUUGCCGGGCGGCCGGCCCGCCCGCGCGUUCGUGUAUUUGUUAUUUGUGGCGCAGGCAGCACGCAGGCAGAGAAAGACUCAGCCGGCGCCUAUACCUGCAAGCCGGCUCGGUGCUGCCCGCACGCCGCGGCCGGCCGGGGCCCUGAUGCCCCCCUCCCCCAUGCAUUCGCUUGGCACCCGCCCCAGCCCGGUUGGUCCGCAAUCCUUGGCGGUGUUGUUCGGCGCCACAAAU